AUGGUUCUCUUUGAUUUCAAAUCAGACAAGCACUUUGUUACCUCUUCGGACAAAACCACCCUUAGAGUUUGUGAGUUGAGCGAUCCUUCUAUUCACCCUUCUCUUAUCAGAAAUGCUCACUGGAGAGAAGUUGGCAAUAUCACGGUUGAUAGCGACGAUGAUGAAGAGCGGUACUACGACGGGCUGUUGUUUUUCGAUGGCCAUGGGAAGAUCGAGGGGCAGGAAGCCCUGACCAAGCUAGCACAACACCUCACCCGAUUGGGUUUGAUGGUGAGCCCUGGAGGGUGCUGCUUCCAAGACGUGACUGAGCUCCGCGAGCAUAAAGAGUUCGGGAUUCACUAUCUCCGAUUGAACGAUCUCUUCAACUGGUCCAAUCACGGUGUUUACUCGGCGAAGAUCGGCACGUGGCAGCGCUUGGAGUUGAAGUACACGGUGCCAAAGCAUAAGAAAAUAUCAAAGUCGCCGCCGGCGGGCGGGGUGAGUAAGGAGAAGUACGAGGAGUUGAGAAGGACGUUGAACGAGAAGAAGGAGGAGCUGAAGAAGGUGACCACUGAAAUGGAAGACGAGAUUCAAAAACUGAGGGAUGACCACGAAGAAGAGCUACAGAAGGUCCAACAAGAGAUGGAACUGGCCAUUGACAAGAGAGAUGCAGAGCUACGAAAGGUGAAGAAGGAAAAGGGCGAGGAGUUGCGGAAUCUGAGGAAGGAGAAGGACGAGGAAAUACGAAAACUGAGGCGGGAGAUGCAUGAUGAAGUGGAAAGACUGGAGAGAGAGAAGGACGAAGAAACAUCAAAGCAGCUAGAUCAGAAGAAAGACGAGGAGGAAACGAUUGAUCACCAACCGGGAAAGGAGCAGGAAAUGAAGAUGCUGAGGAGGGAAGCAAACGAUUUGAAGAAGCGUGCGAAAGAGAAGGACGAGGAGUUACUGAAGCUGAGACGAGAGUUGGAAGACCUAAGAAGAUCGAAAAAGGAUGUUGAGGAAAAAGAAGGAGAUCAGAACCUAGAAGCACUACAACACGUCUCGAUGGUAGGCGGGGCGAUCAGUAAGGAGAAGUACGAGGAGUUGAAAAGGAUGUUGAAGGAGAAAAAGGAGGAGCUGAAGAAGGUAGCCACGGAAAUGGAAGACGAGAUACAGAAACUGAGGGACGAAAAUGACGAAGAGCUACAAAAGGUCCAACAAGAGAUGGAAGCGGCCAUUGACAAGAGAGAUGCCGAGCUGCGGAAGGUGAAGAAGGAAAAGGGGGAAGAGUUGAGGAAACUGAGGAAGGAGAAGGACGGGGAGAUACGAAAACUGAGGCGGGAGAUGCAUGAUGAAGCGGAAAGACUCGAGAGAGAGAAGGAUGAAGAAGUAGCAAAGCUAAAAGAGGCGGAGGAAACGACUCACGAACCGACAAAGGAGGAGGAACUGAAGAUGCUGAGGAGGGAAGCAAACGACUCGAAGAAGCGGGAGAAUGAGAAGGACGAGGAGUUACUGAAGCUGAAACGAGAGUUGGAAGAUCUAAGAAGAUCGAAGAAGGAAGAAGAAGAAGAAGGACACCAUAGGCUAGAAAAGGAGGAGGAGAAAAAGGAUAAGGAAGCACUACAACAACUCAUCAUGGAGAAGGAUGGUAAAUUGCAGGAACUAGGAAAGCUAAGGGAGCAACUGUUAGGAAAGGUCGAGCAGUAUAGGAAACAUUCAUGGUCAACACUACCUUCUUAUACUUACUCCCGUGACUUAGUCAAGUUAAGAAAACGGGUGCCGCGAGAGAAUUUUGAGAAGACCAGCAGAUUGGAUAGUCAUGAUAGUAAUAAUCAACAAGGCUGCCACUACUAUGUUCCACAUAUCCCGACUUCUUCAGCGUUCGCGAGGCGGGACGUUCAUGUGGUAGAUGAUGCGUCGCGCGACGAUUGGCCAGCUCCACCUAAGAUAUGGUUUUUCGUUGGUAACAACGGCCAGUUCGACGCCGACAACUGGUGGUUUCUGAAGACAACCCACCCGGAAGGAGGCACGACGAUGCUGGGUUAUUACGACGGCAGUCUGUCUAUUUGUCCUGACGCUGGCUAUUCAUGCAAUACGAGGUUGCCUUUUCCUAGGGGCUGUGAUUUUUGUGCAACUAGAAACUUCUUCCUGACUUGUCUGGAUGCCAAUGAAUAUAGGUUGGCUUUUACAUAUCGUGAGUAG